CUUGAGUCUGACCUGUGUCGUCACGCGCUUCCUUAAACGGGACGCGAUCUUGACUGAAUCGAGCAUGAGCUGGCCGAGUCCGAAUGUGAUGGCAUGAGGCUGCUGGCCAAUUAAAAUCAGUAAGGGACAACGGCUUCCUGAGUGUCCCGGCCGCGCGCCCGCUUAUAGCCAGGGCAAACUUCUGACAGCGGAGGGGUUGCUGCUCAUUUCUCAUCGGUUUCAAUUAGUUGUCUGACGAUUUCAGUUGAUGGAGAAUGAGUGUCCCUGAUUAUAUGCAGUGUGCCGAGGACCACCAGAGUCUUUUGGUCAUUGUCCAACCUGUGGGAAUUGUACCAGAAGAGCAGUUCUUCAAGAUUUACAAGAAAAUUGCUGCUGCCAAUCAGAUUAAUCUUCGAGAUUCACAACGUGUUCUAUAUAUCCGUUACAGACACCAUUACCCACCUGAAAACAACGAAUGGGGAGACUUUCAGACUCAUCGGAAAGUUGUAGGGCUAAUAGCUAUCACGCAGUGUUGCAAUGCAAAGGACUGGCCACAGACAUCAGAGAAAUUUCAUCUGCAGAAAGAAAUUUAUGGUUCGACACUAUAUGAUUCACGUUUGUUUGUCUUUGGGCUGCAGGGGGAAAUUGCUGAGCAACCUCGCACUGAUGUUGCAUUUUAUUCUAGUUACGAUGAGUGUGAAACCAUAGAGAAGAAAGUGGAAGACUUUAUUGAAUCAUUGUUCAUUGUUUUGGAAUCCAAACGUCUUGAUAGAGCAACGGAUAAAUCGGGAGACAAGAUUCAAUUACUAUGUGUGCCAUUUGAAAAGAAAGAUUUUGUAGGCCUAGAUACAGACAGCAGACAUUAUAAGAAGCGUUGUCAAGGCAGAAUGCGGAAACAUGUUGGUGACCUUUGCUUGCAAGCAGGCAUGCUGCAAGAUGCUCUUGUGCAUUAUCAUAUGGCUGUAGAACUUCUUCGAUCUGUGAAUGAUUUCCUAUGGUUGGGAGCUGCACUGGAGGGCUUGUGUUCAUCUUCCGUUAUCUACCAUUAUCCAAGUGGCACUGGGUCAAAACCUUCAAUUCGCAGAGCUUAUAAUGUGUGUUUACCAUCUGAUGCUGGCAAGCGACACCGACAUGGGGCACAGGAAGUUCUCAUUGAUCCAGGUGCAUUGACAACAAAUGGCAUCAGUGCAGACACUAGUACUGAGAUUGGAAGAGCGAAGAACUGUCUGAGUCCUGAGGAUAUUAUUGACAAAUAUAAGGAAGCAAUUACUUACUUUGGGAAGUACAAAAAUGCUGGUGUGAUUGAGCUAGAAGCUUGUAUAAAGGCAGUUAGGGUGCUUGCUAUUCAGAAGAGAAGCAUGGAAGCCUCAGAGUUCCUUCAGAAUGCUGUGUACAUCAAUCUUGGCCAGCUUUCUGAAGAGGAGAAAAUUCAGCGAUACAGUGUCCUUUCUGAGUUGUAUGAACUGAUAGGUUUUCAUCGUAAAGCUGCCUUCUUCAAACGUGUCGCUGCAAUGCAAUGUGUGACACCAUCAAUUGCUGACCCUGGGUGGAGAGCUUGCUAUAAGCUGUUGUUAGAAACGCUACUUGGAUAUAAUUUGUCAUUGGAUCCCCAAGAUUUCAGCAAAGGAGCCCACAAAGGCUGGCCAGCAGUACAAAUGCGUUUACUACAUGAGCUUGUUUACGCUUCAAGACGAAUGGGAAAUCCUGCUCUUGCAGUUCGUCAUCUGUCUUUCCUGCUUCAAACCAUGCUCGAUUUCCUCUCCGAUCAAGAGAAGAAGGAAGUUUCUCAGAGUUUGGAGAACUACACAGCAAAGUGCCCUGGUACAAUGGAGGUUAUCACACUUCCUGAUGGUGUGAAAUUACCUCCAGUCCCUCUUACUAAACUUCCAAUCGUCAGGUCUGUAAAGCUCUUGAAUCUCCCACCUAACCUCCGCCCAUUCAAGAUAAAAAACACACUCAGUCAGAACAUGUCCUCCAAGAGCCCUUUCAUUUACUCACCGAUUAUCGCACAUCACCGCGGUGAAGAAAGAAGCAAAAAAAUAGAUUUCCAGUGGGUGCAAGGAGAUGUGUGUGAAGUUCAGCUGAUGGUCUAUAACCCUAUGCCUUUUGAACUGAGAGUCGAAAACAUGGGACUUUUGGUAACUGGUGUUGAAUUUGAAUCUCUCCCAGCUGCACUCUCUCUCCCUGCUGAGUCAGGAUUGUACCCUGUCACACUUGUUGGUGUUCCACGUACAUCAGGACAGAUCAGUGUAAAUGGUUACCAGACUUCUGUUUUUGGGGUGUCCAGUGACUGUUUAUUAGAAGAUUUGCAUGGAGUGAAAACUAAUGGCUGCACUGUAGAAGUUGUCCCAGCUUUACCACGGUUACAAAUUACUACCUCUCUGCCACGGUCUGCGCACACCCUGCUGCCAUCGUCGGGUGAUGAGGUAUCCAGUAGUGUAUCCGUUCAGCUCUUCAAUGGAGAAUUGCAGCAGCUAACAAUCAAACUGGAGAAUAUUGGUACUGAGCUUUUAGAAACUUUAGAGAUCUCUGCUAAGACCAUAAACAAUAAAGAAAAACUGUAUGGUGACUUUCUGAGCUGGAAUUUAGAAGAAUUGCUGGCACAAUUUCCACUUGAAUCUGGGAAGAUUGCUACUUUCACAGUGAACAUUCAAGUGAAACUGGACUUCUCUUGUCAAGAAAACCUACUCCAGGACCUGAAUGAUGAUGGAAUCAGUGUUGCAGGGUUACCCUUCUCCUCAAGUCCAUUCCGACAGAACGGCAAGCCACGUUCAGAGAGCAAAUCUACUCUUUUCAAUUCAGCUGACACCAACAAUAAGAGUGAAUACAAUCAUAUAAAGACGUUGGAAGCUGUUUUGAACUUCAAGUAUUCUGGUGGGCCAGGUCAUAUUGAUGGAUACUACAGGAAUCUUUCUUUGGGGCUCCAUGUGAAUGUCGAGCCAUCAGUAUUCUUUACCAGGGUCAGCACACUUCCUGCAACAAGCACCAGGCAAUGCCACCUUCUCUUAGAUGUCUUCAAUUCAACAGAGCAUGAACUAACCAUUAGUGCAAAGAAUAAUGAGGAUUUGAUUCUGCACGCUGGAGAGUGUCAGAGGAUGGCCAUACAAGUUGACAAGUUCAACUUUGAAACUCUUCCAGCAUCGAGCAAAAUAUGCAAAAUGUUAUGCACAGAAAACCUAAAGGAGAUUGAAGAGGAAAGGAGUCAUGCUCAGGCUGUUGAAAUCAACAAUAAAUUAAACAUCAACUGGAAGAUCCCAUCCCUUAAUCGAGAAGGAGAAGCAAGUGUGGAAGGAGUUCUCAAUCAACUGGUGCAGGAACAUCUACAGCUCGCUCCUCUGCAGUGGGAUGUUUUUGUAGCUGGGAAGCCCUGCGAUUGUGAUGUCGUGGUAGAGUGUCAGGCUGGUGACCCAACAUCCCUGGAAGUGAAGCUGACCAAUCAGAGCAAGCGCACAGUUGGCCCUUUUGCCCUCACGAUCAUUCCAUACCAGGACUAUCAAAACGGGGUCCACAACAAUGAUCUUGGGAACGCUGUUACUUUAAUUGGAUCCAAUACAUUCUAUAUAGAUGCAGUGAAAUCCACUGAAGAUUUUGUGUGUAGUGGAGCUCUCCUAUUCCUGUAUGCUGGUGAUUACUACUUGAAUAUAAAAUUUCACGACGAAAACUCAAGCAGGGAGCUGCCCCUUUCCUGGUUCUGCUUGCCAAGUGUUCAUGUGCGUGCCAUGGUUCCAGCUCAACACACAAUGUUUUAAAUUUAUUUUAGAAAAUAGAGAUUGUAAGAUGUAGUGAGUUAGAUCAUUGUAAAUAUUGACUAACUAGCCAUACAUGCCAACAGGAUCUCAUUGAAUAUUCUGGUUUAAGAUUACUCUGGCACUGUCCCAAAAGUAAAAUGCUUCUAGAUUUUUCUGUAAAGCUUGCUUGGCCAAAUUUUUAAAUAUCCAAGGGAUUGAUGACUACUUUCAGUAAAAUUACUCGUUAGUAAUAAACCUGUAUUAUAGAGGAGAUGGUGUGCACCUUUGAACAAAAUAAAAGGCACUUGAUCAGUAGAUUGGUGUACUGUUUGAUCUCUAAUCGGAACCUUGUUAAAAUCUAAAUGAUAAAUUUGCAUUUCUUGGCAUGGUUAAGUGAAAAUUGGUGUACAAUGAGGGUUGGGUGUUAGAAAUGUCUCAUAGAUUUUGGCUGCAAGAAUAAUGGAGAAUAGAAGGAAAGUUGACAAAUAACAUCAGUGUUGUGAUUAUGAAGGCAUGUAUUCUUUACAAGUCUGAUGCAACAAUGCUGUAAAGCUCAGUCUUAAUGCUCAGUUAAUUCCUUAUCCUCCUGUUACUUUUGAAACACUUUGUGUACUGUUCAAAUGUAUGGGUACAACAUCUUGAUGGUCUGUUAUAGCUGUAAGGCACCUGCAGUUGUUUGUGAGAGUAAGACAAGGUGCCCCAUUCACACUGCAAUGAAGUGGCCACUGUUAUUUCCCUAAGGUGUUCUCACCAUUUCCAAUGUUACCAAUAAACAAUUUUAAAAAACUGGAAAGCCAGUUACAAACUCAGGGUUUUUUUACAUUUAAAAGUUGCUACAAUUUAGGUCUAUCUGAUCCUAUGAAUAAUUCAUCUUAAUGGUUAAUUUGCAGUUGAACAUCUGCAUUUAUUAUAAAGAAAUUAGAAUGAUAAAUAUUCUGGGAUAAUGCCACUAUUUCAGCUGCAGUGUGAACAAGGCUAUUUGUCUUUCUUUUUGUUUCAAACAAAAUUCAGGAACUACUGUAACUAGUACCUCUGUACACAAACUCAACUGCUGUUCUCAAGAUAAUUUUCUUUCCUGUACCUGCAAAAAGAUGUAUCUUUGGAAAUAAAUCUGGCUUGCAUGUU